AUGGAUAUUAUAUACAAGAAUAAAGCCAUCAAUUCUCAUGCUAAAUAAUCAAGUACAUCAAAUAUGAUGGCAAGUCCAUUUUCAACUAAUACUCCAUAAACUUGUAGGUCAAUUGUUUAAUUUGUUCCUUUAAUCAAAUCAUCUGUUAAGAAAUAAGAAAUGAAAUAAUUUAUUAUAAAGGAAAGAAGAGAAUAUGAAAAGAGAAAAUAAAUUGUAGAUUCAGGAUAAUUAACUUAAAGAGGCAUGACAAAAUAUCUCAAACCAAAUAGUAAUUCAAUAUAUCAUUAAAGGGUUAAAAUGGUAAAAAAAUGAACUUAAACUUUGUGAUACUAUAAUUGAAACAAAAUUAAAAAUUGCUGAUUUGAUAUUAAAUACAAAAGGAGGAUAAUCUCGGAAAGAUAUAUUAAUUGAAAAAAUCUAGACACAAAUCGAAAGCCCUAGAUUAAAUAUUAGCUCAAGAACAAUUAAGAGUGAACAUAAUGUACAAUAAUUUAUGGAUAGAAUAAAGUUUUAGACUAUUCCUUUUAAAUUAAGAUAAGAACCUAAAUCUCCUUCAAAAAUUAUUCAAUCUCAAAAAAUCAUCUAAAAUUUUACAACUACAUAUUAAACAGAAUGA